AAUUCCACAUCCCCGCCAUUGUCAACAAACCCUUCUUAACGGUCUGCACACGCACGCAGAGAUACGCUUUACUGUGUGAGUUCUUGGUGGGAAUGAUUCUCUGUGUAGAUCUCUCUCUCUAUAUAUAGGUGUGUUAGAACAGUCACGCAUAGGUAGAGAUAUAUAUAGGUGGAGGAAGAAUGGCUUAUGCUGCAGGUGUGGAGUCUGGAUCUAAAGAGAUACCUUAUUGCCGUAAACAGAAGUCGCUCGGCCUGUUGUGCUCCAAUUUCUUGAGCUUAUAUAAUCGAGAUGGUAUUGAGACUAUUGGGCUCGACGAUGCAGCCUCAAGACUAGGCGUCGAAAGGCGGCGGAUCUAUGACAUCGUCAAUGUUUUGGAAAGCGUCGGUAUUCUUGCGAGGAAGGCGAAAAAUCGGUAUACCUGGAAAGGGUUUGGGGCCAUCCCUACGGCUUUAGAAGACCUAAAAAAGGAGGGUUUAAGGGAGACUGGCCCUGCAGCUGACACAAGUUGCUCUGAGAAAGUUUCAGAUGAUGAUGAAGAUGAGAUGUGCUCAGAUAUGAACAGCUUAAGUCAAAAUGACAAAUCAGAUUCUACUUCUGCUCCUAAAUCUGCAGUGCCAUCGAAAUCUGGUGAAAAUAGGAAAGAAAAAUCUCUGGGGCUUCUUACACAGAAUUUUGUUAAGCUGUUCCUUUGCACUGAUAUGGAUAUGAUUUCUCUUGAUGAUGCUGCAAAGCUUUUGCUGGGCGAUGGGAAGCACACCUCGAUGACCACAAGAACAAAAGUUAGAAGGCUGUAUGAUAUUGCCAAUGUGUUGUCUUCCAUGAAAUUUAUUGAGAAGACUCAUCACCCUGAGACAAGGAAACCUGCUUUCAGAUGGUUGGGGCUGAAUGGAAAAUCAGAUAAUGUACCUGCUGAUUCUCUGGUUUUAAGCGAGUCUAAAAAGAGGAUGUUUGGGACUGAUCUCACUAAUACUAGUGGUAAGAGGUUCAAAGUGGGUGAAGAUGCAACCCAAGUCCUGAAGCCACAUAAUUCAAUGCGAGUCAAACACGAGACAGAAAAUGAGGUUGAAAGAACAAGAUCGGCAGUAAAGAGUUACCAAUUUGGUCCUUUUGCACCUGCAAAUGUGGCCAAGGUUGGGGCCUCUCAAGAUGAGAGAGGAAAACAGGUUGUUGAUUGGGAAAGUUUAGCCUCUGCUUACCGGCCUCAGUAUCAUAACCAAGUGAGUACUGAUCAUGGGGAACAGUACAGGAACUUACAUCUAUGCCACUUGUAUGUAUCAUCCAUAGCUCUGAAGGACCUCUUCUCCCAUUAUGUUGAAGCAUGGAAAUCAUGGUACUCUGAAGUUGCUGGGAAGAGCCCCAUACAGCUCAUGUCUUAAAGCCGUCUAUUUCCUCUCCAUAUCUCAGUGAUAGGAGUUAAUCAUAGCAGCGUUGAGGUAUCCUUGUUGUCUAGGUGCAGAUAGCUUGAAAGACCACAGAUGCAUAUUCUUAAUGCAUAAAUUCAACUUCCUUUCAUCCUUCUUUUUUCUUUUGUGUUUCUAUGUUCGGCCUUAACUCAAAAUGGAUCUCACAUAUGAUUAUAUUUCACUAGGAUGCACAUUGGCAUCCUUGAUCCAUUUUUAUUUGGAUUCAAUGUACAUCAAUAGAAGGGUCUUUUAACAUUAUCCUUGAUUGCUGCAGUUUCUUUUGACCAUUUUAGUACACUUCCUGGUAUCUUGAUAGAUGGUCUUAUAUUUACAACAUGUUCUAUCUUUACCAUGAGCAUAACACCCCCCU